AUGACUGGGAACCCCAAAGUCCUCAACUCUGCAGCGAAGGUGGACUUCCCCGUCGCGAUUCCCCCGGACAGCCCGACGAUCUUCAUGGCGGAGGUGUCCUCGGGCUGGGCAGCCUACCUCCCACCCGUGCCCAGCCUCGGCUCCACUGGCACCGACCUCCUCAGCAGGGCCCAGGGCUCGGUGUCAUCUGUGGUGACAGACGCGCGCGAGCGCCUGGAGGGUGCCCCCCUCGCCCUCACUGGGGCGGUCGCUGCUGGUGCGGCCCUGGGGGGCCUCAUGGCGGGACCCCUGGGCCUGGCAGCAGGGGCAAAGUCCGGCGCGUUCCUGGUCGCCGCGGGGGGUGUGACAGGUGAGGAAGAAGGGAGGAAUGGAUGGUGCAGGUGCCUCCCUGGCUGCCAGCACUGGGUGAGAUGGUAUCCCGGGGGUUGUGCCGCAGCUCUCACCAGGUUCAGGUUUCCUGAUGAUCAUGCAUGGAUCUUCCUCACCAUGCCGCUCCGUCACACAGGCGCGGCCCUACAGCGAGGCACCAGCAGGGGCGCAGCAGUGCAGCCAGUGGCGCGAGCUCCGCGCGAGGAGGAGAUGAACGUGCUGAAGCGUGGGUGA